AUGGCAGACGGUAACAUCUCUCUGGGCGCAUCGCGUUACGAAAAGCAAGAGCUGGGUGUGUUGCCCGGAGUUCCCCUUUCAAACAUCGAGCCAGAAGACGGAGAAGCCCAGCGCAAAGAUGUCAACGAGAGCUCAGAGGGCGGCAAGCAAGCAUGGUUGGCUGUGGCCGGCUCUUUCCUCGUCUACUUUGCUUCUUUUGGUGUCGUGAAUAGCUUUGGCUAUUUCCAGAACUUCUACCAACAGGAAUACCUGCAGGACUCAUCCCCAUCCACAAUUUCGUUCAUCGGCACCUUGCAGAUCACGUUGAUGUACCUAUCGGGUGCGCCAGCCGGUGCUCUGUUUGACUUGUACGGCUCCAAGGCAAUGGCUUUACUUGUUUGCCGCUGUCGGGGGAUCAUUGUCUAUGUUGGCAACAUCUUUCACGAGGCCAAAUGCCGUUUGGCAGCUAUUCCUCGCUCACCUGCCCUAACCGUUGUUGGCCAGCACUUCAAGAAAAGGCGUGCCCUGGCCAUGGGAAUCGUUGCUUCAGGCAGCAGUUUGGGCGGCGUUUGCCUCCCAGUGCUGUUCUCAAAAUUGGUGCCCAGAAUAGGGUUCCCGUGGUCUAUACGCGUUGGUUUACUCAUUUUACUCAUAUGCUAUGCCGUUGCCAUAGCCAUCUCUCCAUCUGGGAAUCCAAAAAGAAAAAUGAAGUCGAUCAAGGACCUGCUUGACUAUAGAGGGUUUCUCGACAUUCGGUACGCAUGUCUUGCGGCAGGGGCAGUUGCUUCAAACCUUGGAACCUAUGUUCCCUUUUACUAUUUAGGUAAGUCUUACACCCUCCAAAGCCCUAAUACAAACUCAAGGAUUCAGCCGUAUCUACUUCCCCUCAUCAAUGCGUCCAGUCUACUCGGCCGUUUAAUAGGUGGUCACGUGGCUGAUCGUGUAGGACUGCUCAACUUUCUCUACCCCAUGGUGCUGUUUUGCGGCUUCGUUUGCAUGGCCAUGUGGUAUCCAGCGACGAGCCCUGGGGUCCUUGUCGGUUUCGCCUGCUUGUAUGGGUUCGGCUCUGGUGGCCUCAUCUCAGUAAUGCCUGCAGCAACUGCACAGAUUAUCCCCGCAGAGAGACUUGGAGCUAGACUUGGUGCCUUUGGCACGUUUACUGCAUUCGCCUUCUUGACUGGAACCCCAAUCGCUGGAGCUUUGAUAAAAAGCGAGAGCAGGAGUGGCUAUCAACCCUUGAUUAUAUUUGCUGUAUGUUCUUCUGCCAUAGGAUUCGUGAAAUACCUUGCGACCAACCUUACUUCAUAG